AUGGCAACCGAAGCUCAAUCAACGAAGAAGUUUAUGGAUCAUUUGGCUCCAUUCCUCCACCCCAACGCCAGCUCUCUUCCCUUUGCAGUUAAUGGUAUGAAAGAUAGCAAGAGCACGGCCAAAUGGUCAUCGUUGCCUCCCAGGAAACCUGGAGCCCUUGAUGCCCAUUUUAGGCAAGCGAAACACAUCAUCUCAUCAGAUCCAUCCUUCCGUACCCUUGCUACCAUGGACACGUCUAUGAGCGGUCUGGGUGAGAGCUCUAGAUGUGAAAGUUUUAAUGAAUUCCCAUGUGUUCGCGCUAUCGAGGAAGAUGGAAACACAGCUCGUGAUUCGGUUCUCACCCUUCCAGAAGAUCCUGGCAAUCCCACAUUCGAACGACGAGUUAGCGUUGGGCUAGACUUGGACUGCAGCGAACAUGGCAGUAGUACCAGUGUUGCCGAGACAGAUUCUGUUCACUCACUUCAAGAGAUGGAAGAAGGCAUGAGCCGAACAGUGGCUAUGAACGGCAGACCAAUCCCUGAAGACCCUGGAGUAGAGAGAUCCAAUGCCCCCGCCAAGUACACCCAGGAAGCAAAAGAAGGUCCCAGAGAGCGUUUUAUGGGGUGGUCACGAGCAUCCCGGCUUCAAGCAAUCAAGGCACUCCCACCUAUCAAGGGGUGUGCUUCCUCCACCUCGCUGCUCAGUAUUGAAGAAGCUACAUCAGGCAAGGUAGCCAACUCUGCCUGCUCCAAGCACAAUAUGGACGAAGAUUUGGAUUACUCGGUUCAUUCUGGCGCAUCGGAGGCUAGCUUUGUGAUUCGAUGCUUCACAACUGCAUCCAAGGACAGUAAACGAGUCCUGGGUGGUUCAUUUGAGCUUCCCAAGAAACCUAGGCCUGGUUUGGUCAAGGCAAUGUCCCGUCGUAGGAGCUCUGGUUCGACGUCUCUCAAAUCGUUUAGCAAGUCAAUGAGGUCUCUAUUGCUGCGUCAGAACAGCGGACUGUCGAGCGUCAUGAGCCACCUUUACCAUGAUGAGUAUGCCCUGAUUGAAGAAACACUCCAAAGGAACUUCAUGUUCAAACAUCUUUCUGCAGGUGCCCUACACAAUCUGGUUAUGUCCUUCACAAGGGAUGAGGUAGAAAAGGAUGAUAUCAUCGUCCGUCAAGGUGAAUCCUGUGAGAAUGGUUAUGUGUAUAUUGUCGCUGAAGGAGAGUGUUCUGUCUUUGUCGACGGAAAUGUUGUGCCUGGUCCUUAUGGCACUCUUUCUCGCAAGGCUUUGUUUGGCGAGCUGGGAGUUCUCUACAAUGCAAAGAGAGGUGCCACCAUAUCAGUAAAAUCAGAACAAGGGGUUCUCUUCCGGGCAAAAGGGAAAGAGUUUGCUAAUGCCUUCAAUCAAGACACAACAGAGGAGACACCGAAGCCCAUUGAUGAUGAGUUGACUAAAAUUGAUGAAGCCAUAAACCAGUUAUCUGGUACCACCUCAAAGUUUGAAGGAGGUGAAAUCAUUCCUCAGUACAAACCAAGCAGGAAGUGGCUUUGGUCACGGUGGCAUGGGACAGUCUUUGAGCAGACCAAUGUAACGGCCAUUUGCAUGAUGCUGCUCUCUUUUGUGUUUGUCUUGAUAGUAAGACUGUUUGGGGAACCAACAUGGUCGGUUGGGAUGGCACCGGAUGAAGACCAUGUCUGGAUCCAAACCCUCACUAUUGUUCGGAAGAUUUGGGUGUACCAGAUGACGUUCACCACAUUCAUCCUCACCUUUUAUGUCAACCAAGCGUACAUGUUCUGGAAUGAGACUGUGAACAUUACAAGGGGACUGCAAGGCCGCCAAAGUGACUUCUUUCUACUGUUGGCAACUACCAUCGAACGAAACGAGGAUGGUACAUUCACGAGGGAAUCUGAAGCCCUAUUGGACGAUGUAGGUGCAUCCAGUCGUCUCUUCCACAUGUUCUUCUGGGCGUCUUGUGCAAAUCGCUACAAUUGUCUUCUCACUGAGACAGGAAUGGAGCGUAUUGUACAACGGGGUAUCAUGACCCAAAAGCAGCUGAAGGUUCUGCAAGGCCUUGGCACGGCGGAAGGCUCGAAACAUUAUGCGUGCUUGGAGUGGAUGAUGAUCCGGGCUUGGCAAGGCAUUCACGAUGGACUCCUCACGGAUUCCCCAUCUCUCAGCCAGCAGCUCCUCGAGAAGAUGUGUAAACUGCGAUCACUAUGCGCAACUUUUGUUGACAUUGGCAAGACACGUAUGCCUCUGGUCUACACUCAUUUUGUUCAGAUCUUGGUUGACACAUUUGUCUUGCUCUCCCCAUUUGCACUCUAUGGAGACCUUGGUGUUUACUCCAUCUUCUGUGUAGGAAUGAUCACUCUGUUCUACACUGGGCUCCUUGACCUUGCCAAAGUCUUUUUGGACCCACUGGACAACCAAGUGUAUUCCAAGAAAUCAGGCAAUUUGGGUGUUGACCUAGGCGUCCUUACCAGCGAGUCAAAUGCGGCCUCAGUUCAUUUCAAGGACUUGGGUGCUAUGCAUCCUUUUGAAAGAAGCAUAUCAGCUCUUCACAAACAAGGUGAGAGGUGA